CUCAUUUUGAGAUCCCUUUUCUUUCUUCAUCAAAUGGCAUUCCAACCUCCUUCUGCUCAUUUGCCCACCCGGGUUGUCGCCACAGGCAGCACCACUACAGCCGUGGUCUCUCAAAAUUUCCUCCGAGCCGCUGCUCGCUCAAAGUAUAGUCUCACUCAGAUCGACUCUCUCCGAGCCAGCUAUCCACUCAAAUUACUCUCGCCUGCAUCUGCUAACACCAUUUUCUUGAAACCUGAAGGAGCAACCAGUCCUCUUACACCUUCCUUCAGCGUCAGCAACAGCAGAGACAGCGAAGACAAAAACCAAUCCUCAAUAUCUCCUUUUACUCUUAACUCUAGUUCACCACCGUCAUCUAACUCUUUUGUGCUAGUACCGCCUCCACCUCGGAUCGUCUACAUGAUUACAUAUGGUGGUGGUCUCCUAGCUGACGACCAUCCAAAUCUUCAAUUUGUCUUACAGCGGCAUGCGAAGCUCCUUGUCCUAGGUCAGGGCAAUACCAAGAUUUAUAAAUCUCCCAAACCUGACUAUCCACCUGCAUCUCAGACGUUACAUAGUACAGUCGCACCAGGGGCUUGUCUCUUGUUCUUGGGACCUGCAGUGGUGGCCUGUGAAGAUUCGAGUGUCUUUUUAAGACAUGAAAUCUUGCUACAAGCUCAACGGCCCAGGGAUUCAACAAAAAUAAAACAGGAUCCAGAAAAGGAGUGGGAUGAAGAUGAUGAACUUCCUAGUUGUGUGGUUUUGGAUUGGAUUGCAGGAGGGCGUGGUGAAAAUGAGCGCUGGAAAGCAAGGAGAGCUGAAUGGAGAUUGAUUGUUCGUUGGGCAGAAUUAGAUCCAGAAGCUACACCAACUCCCCCUCCAUCCUCUACAACAAAUAUUCAGACUACAGGAUCAUCAUCAUCGAAAGGAAGACAAAAGAUGGUGGGAAAAGAGGAAAAGGAUAACAAUAGUGAAGAAGAUGAGUUUGUGGAUGAGGAAGAUCCUCGAGAUAUAGCAGAUAGGCUUGCAGGCGGACCUGUCAUCUUCAGGGACGGAUUCCUGAUUGAGCAUAAUCCACCAUUGCCAUCCAAAAAAGCCACACCAAUUGCAACUCCAUCAUUAAUACCGUCAAUGAUGGCAUCUGGAUUGAAACCGAAAAUGACCUCCUAUGCGCCUUCACUAUAUCCACAUUCUACGAUUGGUUCAUUAUUUAUUAUGGGUCCUAAAACAAGACGACUUCAACGAUCGAUUUUAAAGCGGUUUGACCAAUUGACGGUCUACCCUGGUCAAAAGCCCGAACAGCGUGCAGAUUAUCCAAUCUUGUGGAGUGUGACAGUCGUUCAAGUGCCGCGACCUCCUUGUCCCAAUCAAGGUGGUCCAAUCUCGACAACUAUCCCCAAAAGGAAGCAUCUCAAGAUGAACGCCAUGGUGGUCAAAAUGGCUUCACAAGGAAUUGAACAAAUGCAGGAUUUCUUGAAGUCAUUAUUUGAAGAGGAAGCUGGUGUGUUGGAUAAUAGGAAGAAGAUGAUGGAUAGCAGCGACGAUGAUAAUGACGAUGGGAAUGAAACGAAUCAUCAAAAAGCACAGAGUAGAAGGGCAGCAACGGUCAAGGAAUCAAUAUGUCAAGAAAAAUUACAAGAUGAAUAUCAAAGAGAUUUAUCUGUCAUUGAUGAGCUUUUUGGUGGACGAACUGUCUGGGAACGAGUUUUCCGGUAGUAUUUUCAAUAAACCAAGAGAAGCAUAUGUUGUCACAUCAUCGCUUCUGGUGUUAUUGGCAGACUUAAGAAUAGGGUUUUUAUUUUUAUUUUUCGAAUGCAGCUUCGAGUAAUGUGUC